AUGUCUCACCAAAAGUUCUCAGCCCCCAGGCAUGGAUCCCUGGGCUUCUUGCCCUGCAAGCGCAGCAGGAGACAUCGUGGUAAGGUGAAGAGCUUCCCCAAGGAUGACCCUAGCAAGCCAAUUCACCUGACUGCCUUCUUGGGAUACAAGGCUGGCAUGACCCACAUUGUCAGAGAAGUUGACAGACCUGGCUCCAAGGUGAAUAAAAAGGAAGUAGUGGAAGCGGUAACAAUUGUGGAGACUCCUCCUAUGGUCCUUGUUGGCAUUGUGGGUUAUAUUCAGACCCCACGUGGGUUUCAAAACAAUCUUUGCUGAGCACAUCAGUGAUGAAUGUAAGAGGCGAGUCUACAAGAACUGGUACAAAUCUAAGAAGAAGGCUUUCACAAAGUACUACAAAAAGUGGCAGGAUGACGAUGGCAAGAAGCAGCUGGAAAAAGACUUCCUGAGCAUGAAGAAAUAUUGUCAGGUCAUCAGGGUUAUUGCUCACACACAGAUGCGUCUGCUUCCCUUGCGCCAGAAGAAAUCUCACUUAAUGGAAAUCCAGGUUAAUGGAGGCACAAUUUCAGAAAAGGUUGAUUGGGCACGGGAGAAGCUUGAGCAGCAGGUGGCAAUUUCUGGUGUCUUUGGCCAGGACGAAAUGAUUGAUGUGAUUGGUGUCACCAAGGGAAAGGGAUACAAAGGUGUAACUAGCCGUUGGCACACAAAGAAACUGCCCCGUAAGACUCACAGAGGUCUCCGCAAGGUGGCUUGUAUUGGCGCUUGGCAUCCUGCUCGUGUGGCAUUCUCUGUAGCCCGUGCCGGUUAGAAGGGUUACCACCAUCGUACAGAAAUUAACAAAAAGAUUUACAAAAUUGGUCAAGGCUACCACAAAAAGGAUGGCAAGCUUGUAAAGAGCAAUGCUUCAACUGAUUAUAAUCUGUCAGACAAGAGCAUCAACCCUCUGGGUGGAUUUGUCCACUAUGGAGAAGUGAAGAAUGACUUUAUCAUGCUGAAAGGUUGUGUCAUUGGGACCAAGAAGAGGGUUCUCACUCUUCGCAAGUCUCGCCUCGUCCAGACAAGCCGUCGUGCACUGGAGAGGAUAGACCUCAAAUUCAUUGACACGACUUCAAAAUUCGGGCACGGUCGCUUCCAGACACCCGAAGAAAAGAAGGCUUUCAUGGGACCACUCAAGAAAGACCGUGUGGCAAAGGAGGAGACUGCAUAA